AUGUUCGACGCUCCCAAGGCUGACCCGAAUCCGAACAACGAGCGCGAGGACAUCACGUACGGCGAGGUGCUCCGCGAGGCGUUCAUCCUUGGUGCGUGGCUGCGUGAGCGCGGCGCCAAGGUCGGCACCCGCGUCGCCAUUGUCGGAUACAACGCCAUCCAGUGGGGCGUCGCCUUCAUGGCUAUCCACAUGAUCGGCGCCGCACCCGUCAUCGUCAAUGCUGCGACCAGCGUCGAGUCCAUGGUCCACUGCCUCUCGACCGUUAAGCCGGACCUCGUCCUCACCGACUCCAUUAGCGCUGGACUGCUCGGACCUGAGAGGGCGAAGCUGAGCGCCGCGGGCGUUGGAGAGAUGGAUCUUACUGGGUGUGGGCAUUGGCAGGCUAGAACUGACACACAGCUCUUCUCGUGGAACCCCGUGAGCCACAUUCCGGGCUGCACGGUCCCGGUUCUGGACUUCAAGAACCUUCGUGCCCCGAACGAGACCGUCCUCGGUGUCAUCAACGGCAAGGGGCUCGAAAACCUCACGCUCGACUCGGACGGCAUCAUCUAUUUCACGUCUGGCACGACUGGUUUCCCGAAGGCCGUGCUGUCGACGCAGCGUGCGGGCCUGCACAACUACAUUGCAUCGUACAUCCAGGAGCAGAGUGUGGUGCUGCUAGGCAUCCCGCUCUUCCACGCGACAGGCUGCUUCAGCACGCUCCUGACGGGCGUGAACAACGGCGUGAAGACAGUGCUUAUGAAACGCUGGAACGUCGACGACGCUGUAGACCUCAUCGUGAAGCACAAGGUGACCAAUAUUGGCGGCGUGCCCGCGAUCCCGACCGCGCUCAUCAACUCGGGCAAGUUGCCGAAGGACCACAAGUUCACGGCCGUCACAUUCGGCGGCGCGGCGCCCGCCAAGCGCCUGCCGGGCGAUAUCCAGAAGGCGUGGCCCGAUGCGGCCUUCGGCACAGGCUGGGGCAUGACGGAGCUCAACGCGAUCCACUGCAUGCACGCCGGCGUCGACUACGCCGAGCACCCGACUGCGGUCGGCGUGCCGAUUCCAACGGUGAAGAUCAAGAUCGUGGACCCCGAGGACAAGUCGCGCGAGCUGCCCCGCGGCCAACCGGGGCUCAUCCUCGCUACCGGCCCGAACGUCAUGACCUGCUACAUCGGGAACGAGAAGGCGACGGCGGAGACACUGAGCGCGGACGGAUGGCUCGACACGGGCGACGGUGGAUUCGUCGACGAGGAGAACCGCCUCCACAUCCGCGACCGCAUCAAGGACAUGAUCAUCGUCGGCGGCGAGAAUGUCCCCGGUACAGAGGUCGAGAAUGAGAUCUUCACGUUCCCGGGCGUCGCGGAGGCGGCCGCCGUGCCGAUCCCGCACAAGAUGAUGGGCGAGCUCGUCGCUGUUGCCGUGAGCAUGGCGCCGGGGACCAAACUGCCGAAGGGAGACGAGAUCAUCGCACACGUCACGCCGAGACUGCGCAAGGCUGCCCGCCCCGCUUUUGUCUGGGUCAGCGAUGGGCUGCUCGCGCGCAACGCGAACGGUAAGCUCAUCAAGAAGGACAUCAAGGGUCAGGUCCUCGAGGCGUAUAAGCGACAGAGCAAGCUGUAA